AAGUCAGACUGCCGCGGACCGUCGACGUCGACGCGACGCGUUUUGCUCUCUCUCGACGCCCGGCGUCGCGUAGCGUCCAUUUCAUGUGAGGCAGGCCUGUAAGCAUGUUUUAAACAUGCGAUUGUCGCUUUUCGGAAUAUCGACAACUUGCCAUCACGUUCUCAUCGACUGACGAAAUCGUCAACAAGAUUCUUCAAAGUUUUUAUAGAAAAAUAUCAAGUAUAGCGACUUAGCUCUAGUAUCAGGCAGACAGUGAUUCGCGAAGAACGGCGACGGAUAAGGAGCGAACGCUGACCCGGCUACGCCGCUGACCACGGCGAAAAGCGAACGCGCACGUACUUUCCACAUGCUGACGGCAGCGAGGUGAAAGUGUAACGGCGCUUGAAGCAAGGCAUUCAUCAGCUUGGCCUGAUCUCAGCGAGGAACACAAUGCCAAAAAGGAUACCAAUGCUUAUUAAUUUAAUCUCAACGCAAUAAGGAUUCAACUUGAAGCCUUCGACAUCGUGGCCUGAAAGAUAUCGUGCAUUGACAGCGAUCAAUGUGUUCCUAAUUUCUCGGAUUACUAUUAUAAAUAGAUAACAUCAUCGAGAAGAUAAGUUGGUGCUACGAUUAAAUCGUUAUCAGAAUCGGGAGAUUCCGAAGGCAGUGCGUGGCUUUCAAAUUCAAUCAAUCCGAAGAUCUCAAUCAAAUAUAAUAAUCAAAACUUAAAAAAGUUUAAACUAAGUACACAAUAACGUAAGUUAAAGCGGAAGAAAAUGAGGAAAAGAAGUCGGUGCGAUCUUGAAGCCGAUGGCCGCAUUUGAUCGAACCGGUCUCGCCCGGAUUCGAGGUUACUGAUCUCCGGAAGCGGACGCGCGCCAGGUAGAAGACGACGGCGACGACGAGGAGGACGGACACCCAGUGUCGGGUAGCGCGGCCGGGGGAGCCCAGGGUGUAUGCGCGUUUUAUUAAUAGCCAAGUUUCGUCGGCGUUGGUGGGGGGGCCGCCGACGGCCCGCUCGCGGGUGAAAAUAGAAAAGAAUGUUUUUGGAAUCCAAUUGGACUUGGUUGGCAGAACGAUGGGGCAAUAUGGCCGACCUGGCCGAGCGGGUGGACGAUCUGAUAUGCAGUUUCGACUCGGCCGGUGAGACGACCAUGGAUACGCUGUCGAUGCUGAUAUUCGGCUGGAUGCUGUUCGGCCUGGUGGUGUUGUGCGUCGGCAAGUACGUCUACAAUCGUUUCGUGCUAAACGAGCUCACCGUCGCCGCCGUCGCCAGCUCCUCGUCCACGUCGUCGCAGCUUGGCAAGGACGGCCAUCACAGCGAGAGUGUUGUGCCCGCGAGCAGUAGCAUCGUCGGUAGAUUCUUCGAUAAGUCUAAAUCAGUGUCACCGACGUCCUCGGCACCCUCGAUCGCGAGGGCUGCUACCGGUAGCGCAGGUGGUGGCGGCGGCGGUACCGCCAGUGUUGCUGGUGGUGGCGGUGGUACCGCUAGUGUUGCAAGUGGUGGUGGUGGUGGUGGUGGUACCGGUGUGAUAGCAGGUGCGAGAUCACCGUCACCGGGUGGUUACGUGCCGCCCACGCCGCCGGUGAGGAAGCGCCUGACCAGGAAGACGUCCGGCGGUCUCAUCAGCCCAUCGCGCAGCUCCCGAGCGCUGCAUCUGCCGACCGCGACCGGCGCCGAUGCAGAGGCCGUGCGCUGGGUCAACGAACUCAUUGUCUGGCUACACCACGACCUCGUCAUCCUGAACGAGCUCCUAGCCGUCUGGGUGGCCUCUCUCAACGACUUUACCGCCAGCUCCACUGACGAGCACGGCGUCGGCGUCGAAUUCGUCCGCGUUCUUCCGGAAACGAAUCCGCCAGUCUUGUCGAAUAUCUUUUGCGAAUGCGACUCGAAAAACGAUGUGACUAUCACAUGCGAUUGCGAAGCCACUCCGGCUUUGCAAUUGAAAGCAUUUCGGCAACGAGGCGACAAGGUGGAGGUCAAUCACUAUCGGGUCAACGUCAAUCGCUUCCGCGCUCGUCUCAAUGUCGUUUGCAUCACCGAGAAGCUGCUGGUGGAUUUGAAAUGCGACGGCUGGCCAGAGGUAAAGAUUUCUCUGGCCGCGGUGGGCACAAUAAAGAAAGACCUGGACGAGAGCCAAUUGCAAGAAGUGGUGACGGAAAUUGUGGUGGGUGCUUUGCGAGGCACCAACGUUCACCUCAAUCUUUCCCAAUAUCCUACCUGUCCCCGAUUAUGGAGGGAGCCGCCUCCUCAGCCAGGAUUCUCGUAUCCUACGCAUUACGACAAUGUGAACGUCUCGAAUUCGAUGAUACACCAAUCUUCACAUCCACGUCUUCAGGGACACACCGCGCCGUCGCCGGCACCGAUGCAAUAUCUGCCUGGUGAGAGGCGGUUGCUCGUGAAGGUCGUAAGGGCUACGGAUCUCGGCGGUCAGCGCGGAGCUUUCGAGCCCUACUGCGUGGUUGAAUUGGAUGAACCGCCGCAAAAAAAUCAGACUUCCAUAAAGAAAGAUACUAAAAAUCCACUGUGGGACGAGGCCUUCUUAUUCGAUAUAAGUCACAACACAACCGAGGUGUUAUUGGAAGUGUUUGACCGUGUGAAUAGAAGCCAAAGAUUUUUGGGACUUGGAAUCGUGGGCGUCGAAGAACUGCUCGCGAAUCCAAGCCAGCGGCAGAUCAUACCUCUUCAAGCGCGACCGUACGAGGAAGAUGAUAUUACGGGUACCCUGACAGUGGAGUUUCUAUUCAUCGAGGGUGCGGAGGUGCCACAAAUCGGGACCAAGCCUUAUAAAGUCAAGGAAGCGAUAAAGCCGGUCUCGCCGACUCGUUCCUACAGCCAGCAGAAUGUCAUCAGCAGCAAUAGUCUGAAUUACAACAAUGGUAACAGUACACUUAUCUUGUACGACUCUGCCGCGCAGUCGGAAGGGGACUACUUAACAAACGGCAACGUCGUGGAUUCACCGUACAAAAGUGGGCAAACGAACGGUAACAAGGGAACCUUGAUUGUACACAGUCAGCAGAGGCAACCGGAGCGACAGGUCGUGAAGGUCGCUCUGACGCACAACGGAAACUGGCAAGAGAUAUCCCCGGAGCACGGAACGAAAGAUGUCAGCGCUACCUCGGGACCAGAGAGCACGCCUAAUUCCUCUAAUUCAGAAGAAAGAGGAAGGACUCGGAGGAAACGACGCGAUUUCUUCGGUACUAUAAAGAAGCGAUUAAGUCGAUCCAAGACGAGAAGUAGAUCGGUAGGUCCCGAAGGAGAGAUCAAUCAUGAGGAUGCUCAUUCGAGAUCCAUAUCCGCCGAUAGAGCUCGCGAUCCCGGAUCCGAGCAUUUGUCGGUGCCAGAGCAAUCGAGACGAUCGAGUCUAAGUGAAGCCUCGGGUAUAAGCGGAACAUCCACGAGAACUUAUGUCAAUGAAGCCUCCACGCUCGUUCUGGAGACUUUGGAGAACGGUAUAAAAAAACACUACCUCGUACCUCUUUCUCUCGCACAAAAGAGCAAAUGGAGAAAAAAGGGCACAAAGUUGCACAUAUUUAAUGAUCACACAUUUAUCGCCAAACACAUGCCUGGAGGAACAGUCUGUGAGGUAUGCAAGAGAACUCUCGCGCGAAGACUCGGCAAACAAGGCUACGAGUGCAGAGACUGUCAGAUGAAGUGUCAUAAGCAUUGUCACGUGAAAGUCGAGAGAACGUGCCCCACGUCCACUAUUCAGAGUAUCGAGCUGUCCCUUCUGCCAGUACUGAGCGAAUAGGAUAGGACGUGCAUCAAGGCGCCGCCACUCGAACGAAAGCCCUCUAUGCUCCUCUGCUCGCGAUAACGUUGUCGCUUCACACGUUUCGCGACACGUUAUACGCUUUGGACACGACAUACGAUUUAUUUUAUAACAUAAAACGAUCAUAACGAUAAUUUGUUCACAUUUGUAAACGUUUCACGCUUCACAUUUAGGUUCUUCCAUUUUU